AUGGCAUCGAAACCCACCAUUGCAGUAAUCGGCUCCGGUUGGGGAGGCUUCACUUUGGCGCAAGCUCUUUCAGUCACGAAGUACAAUGUGGCUGUCAUAUCACCGACAAGGACCAUUCAAUACACACCAUUGCUGGCAAGUGCGGCUGCUGGCAUGUUCAACUUCCGCCUAGCUGAAGAGCCCAUUCGACGACAGAACAAGCUUCCAGGGCUUCAGUAUUACAAAGCGACAGUCGAAGACAUCAACUUCAAGGAGAAGACACUACAUUGUCGUCCCGCCGUUCCGGACAUCGCAGAAGAACAUCUGAAAGCCCAGAAUCCCUUCGAGCUCAAGUACGACAAGCUCGUUCUGGCACCCGGCUGUGAUGUUCAGACAUUCGGAACUCCUGGCGCUUUAAAGCAUGCAAACUUCUUGCGUACCACGAACGACGCCCGGAAGGUCCAGCAGCGGAUUUUGGAGAUGCUCGAUGCUGCCUCCACACCGGGUCUGACGGACGCCCAGCAGCGUGACAUUCUUCGAAUCCUGGUUGUCGGUGGUGGCGCCAUUGGUAUUGAGGCAACUGCCGAGCUCUUCGAUCUCUGGCACCACGACUUGAGACAUAUCUACCCACACCUGGACGGCAAGCUGAGUAUCGAGAUCCAUGACGUCGCGCCUGGGUUACUGGGCAACUUCGAUAAACGCCUGGGAGAAUACGCAGCGCAGAAAUUGGAAGGUCGGGGCGUCGAGGUUAGGACUAGCAGCCACAUCGAAAAAGUCGAGGCUGGAGCCAUCUGGACCAAGGAACUUGGCGAAGAAAAGUACGGCAUGCUGAUCUGGGCCACUGGCAAUGGUAUAAACAGUCUUGUUGACAAGCUUGAUGUCAAGAAGACUGAAAAGCUUCCCAGGAUCAUGACAGAUCGAAGACUGCGAGUCUUCAACAAAUACGACCACCUCAUCGACAACGUCUACGCCCUCGGCGACUCCGCCAACAUCGACGGCUACACUCUCCCAAUGCUGGCCGAGGUCGCCGUCCAGAAGGCAGAGUAUCUAGCGAAAGAGCUCAACGCUGCUGACGAGCCAAGAAGCCCAUUUCAAUACAACUCCCGGCCGAAUAUCGCGUACCUGGGACAGCACGAUGGCGUUAUUGGGGGGAGAGAAGAGUGGACGGGCCAGUCUGCGUGGAUCGCUUGGAGGAGUGGAAGUAUUUUCCAUUGGCCGAGGAGUUGGAGGAGGACGUUGAUGAUUGGGAUUAGUUGGGUGUUUAAUAGAAUAGGUGGGAGGGAUAUUGCGAGGAAGUGGUAG